AUGCAGUCUAAUAAGUUACCUCUGUCGGUCAGUGAGGUAAGCAAAGAGUCAGAGACUGUCACAAUUCAAGCCAUAGAGAACGAGGCUGUUACUCCAGCACAGCUUUUUCGGCACGGACUAGAAUUAUCUCCCACUGGCUACGUACAAUGGCAAAAAGACUGCAAAGAUCACCCUCGCAAUUGGCAUUUGUGGAGGAAGACUUAUGACACCAGUCUAGUCAUGUUUCUGGAGUUCUAUACAACAGCUAUCAGCACGACAGGGCCUCAUGUAAGACAAAAAAAUGCAUCUCUCGGUAUCCAUGCCCAUGAUUUGAAAUCCAAUAGGUAUCAGGUCGGUCAAGGAUUAGGUGGUCUUGUAAUCCCACCUUGUUCCGAGCUAUUCGGCAGACGGAUGCCCUAUAUCAUAUCCUGCUCUUUGUUCAGCCUAUCCUGCCUUCUUGUGGGGGUGGUUCCACAUAUCAGUGCGGUUUUCGUCGGAAGAUUCCUUUCAGGACUUGCUUCCGCCGUCCCCUCAGUUGUGAUUUCCGGGACCGUUGAGGAUCAAUUUGAUUCUGAGCAUCGGGUGUGGAUCGUCUUGCUCUGGAAUGCAGCCGCCACUGCUGGACUUGCCUUUGGGCCGGUCUAUGCGUCCUGCAUUUCCGGAGUAGCCAGCUGGCGAUGGAUAUUUUACAGUGCAGCUAUUGCCACCGCUAUCAACACUUCUCUUCUACUGGGCAUACGAGAAAGCAGACCCAGCAAAUUGCUUCGUAAGAAGAUUGCUUCUCUAUCAGAGGAAUCGCCGGGUGCUCACCUCAAAUUCCACUCUGCGGAUCCCUUUCCGGAUCUGGCGGCCUUUGUCGAUGUCGUCUUUAUCCGACCAACCCGGAUGAUGGUGACUGAGCCGAUCCUGAUAAUAGUGUCGGCCUUAAGCGCCAUUUCUUGGGGAAUUGUAUACCUCUUCUCGGAAUCCAUAACCAGAGCGUAUCUGGAUCUAGGCCUGCCUAGAUCCAGUGCAUCGUUCCCCCUCCUCGCCUUGAUUAUCGGUGUCUGCAUUGGCAUAUUCCCGCACAUAUGGGAUAUCCGCAAAAUACGAGAAAAGAAACGCCAGAACCUGAAGAUCGAACCCGAAGACAAGACUAUGGGAUUUGCGUUCGGUACCCCGGCACUCGCCGCUGGCCUGUGGUGGUUCUACGGCACAACACCACCAGCCAUGUGGAGGGCUCAUUGGCUACUACCGACUGCUGGGCUUGUCCUGGUGGGUUUAGGGGUCAACGAGAUCGCAUAUACGCUUAGCGGAUAUCUCACCGAUACAUACACAGUCUACUCUGCCUCUGCCUUCGCAGGCCUAGCCCUUGUCCGCGCCCUGGUUUCCGGGAUCAUGCCACUUAUCGGGUAUGUCAUCUUUGAUGGGUCGCAGACAAGGCUUCCGGGGUUCAUUAUUGCUGGAAUAGCGACGCUGUUCUGCAUUGUGCCUUUCAUUUUCUUUAAGCUCGGUAAGGCGCUUCGGUAUAGAAGUCAGUUUGCAAAAUAUAGCUUUGAGGUCCACAUGCGGACGCAACUGGGGGAGCCAUAG